UAAACACAGAUUAUUUUGUCUCUCAUCUCUCCGUGAGAGUAUCAAACAGACGAGUGAUAAGCCAUAAAUAAACCCUCCAAUCUCCAAGAUUUUCUUCGUUUUAGCCUAUGAACCUCCCAAUAAUUACAACCCGACCACUCUCUACCCGUCCGCUGUAAUCGACUUCGGUAUCUCUCACUCUAGGGUUCGGCGCUUACCUCUCUCUUCGAAGAGAAAAAAAGAUGUCUCUCCCUCAAAUAGAGUGUAAAUACAUAACGGAGGAAUGUAUUCGCGAAUGGAAAAGUGGAAACCCUACCUUCAGAAUCACGAACUCAGUCUCCAUGCUGCGCUUCCUAUACGAGCUUUGCUCUGCCAUGGUGCGCGGCGAGUUGCCGUUUCAAAAGUGUAAAACGGCGUUGGAUUCGGUGGAUUUUUUGGACAAACCAUCGGAGAAAGAGAUCGCCUCUGGUUUUGCAGAUAUUGUUACUCAAAUGGCUCAAGAUCUUACAAUGCCUGGGGAGUACCGUGCACGUCUAAUAAAGUUGGCAAAGUGGCUGGUGGAAUCUGCACUGGUCCCAUUGAGGCUCUUCCAGGAGCGAUGUGAGGAAGAAUUUUUAUGGGAGGCUGAAAUGAUCAAGAUAAAGGCUCAAGAUUUGAAGGGCAAAGAGGUGAGAGUUAACACUCGAAUUCUUUAUCAGCAAACAAAAUUCAACCUUCUUCGAGAAGAGAGUGAGGGCUAUGCAAAGCUGGCCACCCUUCUUUGUCAAGGUUCUGAAGAUUCAACUCAAAAUGCAUCAACAGCGACAGUAGGCAUUAUUAAGUCAUUAAUUGGACAUUUUGAUCUUGACCCCAACCGUGUUUUUGAUAUUGUUUUGGAGUGUUUUGAACUAAAGCCGAAUAGCAAAGUAUUUCUGCAACUGAUUCCCUUAUUUCCCAAGUCUCAUGCAUCCCAAAUUCUUGGAUUUAAGUUUCAAUAUUAUCAGCGGUUGGAAGUAAACAGCCCUGCACCGUUUGGGCUCUAUAACCUUGCAGCCUUGCUUGUGAAAAAUGAGUUCAUUGACCUUGAUAGCAUUUGUGCACAUUUACUUCCCAAGGAUGAUGAAGCAUUUGAACAUUACAAUGCAUUUUCAGCUAAGCGGCUUGAAGAGGCAAACAAAAUUGGAAAAAUAAAUCUUGCUGCUACUGGUAAGGAUCUGAUGGAAGAUGAAAAACAAGGAGACGUGACUAUUGAUCUAUAUGCUGCUUUAGACAUGGAAACUGAGGCUGUUGCUGAAAGGUCCCCAGAGCUUGAAAAUAGUCAAACUUUGGGCUUGCUUACAGGUUUUCUUUCCGUAGAUGACUGGUACCAUGCCAAUGUACUAUUUGAACGUCUUGCCCCACUUAAUCCGGUAGCACACAUUACAAUCUGUGAUGGCUUAUUUAGGCUCAUUGGAAAAACAAUUUCUUCAGCGUAUGACAUCAUUCGUCGUACGCAUAUUCAGAGCAUUGGGUCAAUUUCUGCUGUGGGUAUUGAUGCAAUGGAUACGACUGAUGCACCAGUCAAUAGGUCUUUUGUAGAUCUUCCUAAAGAACUUUUCCAGAUGCUGGCUACUGUUGGGGCUUAUCUUUAUCGUGAUACUGUAUUACUGCAGAAGGUAUGUAGAGUGUUGAGAGGUUACUAUGUGUCAGCACUUGAGCUUGUAAACUGUGAUGAUGACGUUUCAAAUAUUGAACCUGAUCUUGGUGGAAACCGAGUUCCCCGACAGCACCUAAAGGAGGCUAGGUCAAGGGUAGAGGAAGCUUUAGGAACUUGUCUACUUCCUUCUUUACAGUUGAUCCCUGCAAAUCCAGCAGUUGGUCAGGAGAUUUGGGAAGUAAUGAAUCUCCUUCCAUAUGAGGUGCGAUAUCGUUUGUAUGGUGAAUGGGAAAAAGAUGAUGAGCGGAACCCUAUGGUUUUAGCUGCUAGGCAGACUGCUAAGCUGGACACAAGGAGGAUUCUGAAAAGGCUUGCCAAAGAAAAUUUAAAGCAGCUUGGUCGGAUGGUUGCAAAAUUAGCUCAUGCAAAUCCAAUGACUGUACUUAGAACAAUUGUUCACCAGAUUGAGGCUUACAGGGAUAUGAUUACUCCUGUUGUAGAUGCGUUCAAGUAUUUGACACAGCUUGAGUACGAUGUUUUGGAAUAUGUUGUCAUUGAGCGCUUGGCACAAGGUGGGCGUGACAAGCUCAAAGAUGAUGGCCUUAAUUUGUCUGAUUGGCUUCAAUCUUUAGCUUCAUUUUGGGGUCACCUGUGUAAAAAGUAUCCAUCAAUGGAACUGAGAGGCCUUUUCCAGUAUCUUGUAAACCAGUUGAAAAAGGGGCAAGGAAUUGAGCUUGUUCUGCUUCAGGAACUUAUUCAACAAAUGGCUAAUGUUCAAUACACGGAGAACCUGACUGAGGAGCAGUUGGACGCCAUGGCAGGGAGUGAGACCCUUCGGUAUCAGGCUACUUCUUUUGGAGUAACUAGAAAUAACAAGGCAUUGAUCAAAUCCACCAAUAGGCUAAAAGAUUCAUUGCUUCCGAAGGAUGAACCAAAGUUGGCAAUCCCCCUCCUUUUGCUUAUUGCUCAACAUCGUUCUGUGGUUGUUAUAGCUGCAGAUGCACCUUACAUAAAAAUGGUUAGCGAACAGUUUGAUAGAUGCCAUGGAACUCUUCUUCAGUAUGUGGAAUUUCUUUGCAGCGCUGUGAAUCCAUGCACUGCUUAUGCUCAGCUGGUCCCCUCACUUAAUGAUCUUGUGCACCAAUACCACCUUGAUCCUGAGGUUGCUUUCUUAAUAUAUCGCCCUAUAAUGAGGCUCUUUAAGUGUCAAGGGAGUUCUGAUGUUUUCUGGCCAUUGGAUGAUAAUGACACUUCAAAUAUCACAACUGCAAACUUGGAGUCCGCACCUAUAGGAUAUCCGGGAAAAGUUGUUCUGGAUCUUGGUUCUCAGAAGCCUAUAAUGUGGUCAGAUCUUCUUGACAUUGUUAAAACCAUGUUGCCCUCAAAAGCCUGGAAUAGCCUUUCUCCUGAUCUCUACACAACUUUUUGGGGGCUCACACUCUAUGAUCUUUAUGUUCCUAGAAACCGUUAUGAAUCUGAAAUUGCCAAGCAGCAUGCUGCACUUAAAGCUCUGGAAGAGCUUUCUGAUAAUUCAAGUUCUGCAAUAACUAAGAGAAAAAAAGACAAAGAAAGAAUUCAAGAGUCUCUAGAUCGUCUGACCAGUGAACUCCAGAAGCAUGAAGAAAAUGUAGCAUCAGUUCGUCGGCGGCUUUCUCGUGAAAAAGACAAUUGGUUGAGUUCCUGCCCUGAUACUCUAAAGAUUAAUAUGGAAUUCCUCCAGCGUUGCAUUUUUCCACGCUGUACCUUCAGUAUGCCAGAUGCUGUGUACUGUGCCAUGUUUGUACAUACACUUCAUUCCCUUGGGACACCAUUUUUUAACACCGUCAACCACAUUGAUGUUCUAAUUUGUAAAACCUUACAACCUAUGAUAUGCUGUUGCACCGAGUAUGAAGCAGGUAGACUUGGGAGGUUUUUGUAUGAGACACUAAAGAUUGCUUACUACUGGAAGAGUGAUGAAUCGAUUUAUGAACGUGAGUGUGGGAACAUGCCAGGCUUUGCUGUUUAUUAUAGAUAUCCAAACAGUCAGCGUGUUACAUACGGCCAGUUCAUUAAGGUACACUGGAAGUGGAGUCAAAGAAUUACACGACUAUUGAUUCAGUGCUUGGAAUCCACUGAAUACAUGGAAAUUCGUAAUGCUCUUAUAAUGUUGACAAAAAUUUCUGCCGUGUUCCCUGUCACUAGAAAAAGUGGGAUCAACCUUGAAAAGCGGGUAGCUAAAAUCAAAAGUGAUGAACGAGAGGAUCUCAAGGUGUUGGCAACUGGUGUUGCUGCUGCUUUGGCUGCUCGAAAACCUUCAUGGGUUACAGAUGAAGAAUUUGGCAUGGGAUACCUUGAACUGAAGCCUGCUGCUUCACUGGCUUCCAAGUCUUUAUCUGGUAAUGUAAUGGCUGUGCAAAAUGGUUCUCAUAGUGAUCUUGGCUCAGGAAAAACAGUUACUGCUGUAACACAACAUUUAGAAUCUGGAAGUUCAGUUAAAGACCCAACUUCAAGAACAAAACCUACUGAUGGGAGGUUGGAAAAAACAGAAAGUGUCACACUUGGAAAAUCUGAUCCGGGACAUCAAAAACUAAAAGGUAGUUCAAUGGCCAAUGGUUCUGAUAUUCAUUCAUCCAUGUCAGCUCCUGCACAAGGGGGAACAUCAAGAUCUGUGGAAAAUCAAAAGCAGGUGGAUGAAUCUGUAAAUAGAACCUUGGAUGAAAACAUGGCCAAAGUUGCUACAAAGAAUUCUGCAGACUCCGAGUCCAAAGCUUCAGUGAAACGAUCUCUGCCAGCUGGAUCACUCAACAAGGCAACAAAACAGGAUAUUAUGAAGGAUGAUAAGUCUGGAAAAGCUGUUAGUAGAAAUUCUGUCUCUUCCAUCAGUGACAGAGAUUUGCUUUCUCAUGCUUCAGAUGGCAAGCAAGUUGGGACGACUAAUGUUUCUUCAUCAAGAUCAGAGAUGCAUGCUGUUGACUCAAAGGCAGAUAGUGGAGUAGUCAAGUCUUCUGAGAUAAGGUUUUCUGGUGGUAAAAAUGAUAGCAAUGAGGUGUCUGAUGCUCCAAGGGCCUCUUCUUCCCGAAUCGUUCAUUCUCCAAGACAUGAUAACUCGGCUGCUGUUUCAAAAUCUAGUGACAAACUUCAAAAAAGAAACAGUCCUGCUGAAGAUCCUGACAGACCAAGUAAACGCUAUAAAGGGGACUCUGAACCAAGGGAUGUUGAUAUUGAAGUCAAAUUAUCUGACAGAGAGAGGUCCCAGGAUCCUCGAUUUGUGGAUCUUGAGAAAACAGGCACAGAUGAACCAAAUAUGUAUAGGUCCGUGGACAAGCCUUUGGAUAGGUCAAAAGAUAAAGGCUAUGAUAGAUAUGAUAGAGACCAUAGGGAAAGAGUUGACCGCCCUGAUAAGUCCCGGGGAGAUGAUGUUAUAGCUGAAAAACCCAGAGAUAGGUCCAUGGAAAGGUAUGGAAGGGAGCGUUCAGUUGAGAGAGGGCAAGAUAGAGGUAGUGACAGGAGUUUUGACAAAGUAAAAGAUGAUAGAAACAAAGAUGACAGAAGUAAACUGCGCUACAGUGACUCAUCUUCAGAAAAGUCUUAUGAUGAUCGAUUUCAUGGUCAAAAUUUGCCUCCACCACCUCCUCUGCCCCCUCAUAUGAUCCCCCAAUCUGUUAAUACUGGUAGACGAGAUGAAGAUGCUGAUAGAAGGUUUGGAAAUACCAGACAUUCACAGAGGCUUUCUCCAAGACAUGAUGAAAAAGAGCGGAGACGAUCAGAAGAAAAUAACUUAGUUUCACAAGAUGAUACCAAACGUCGGAGGGAAGAUGAAUUUCGAGAGAGAAAGAGAGAAGAACGAGAUCUUUUGUCAUUGAAGGUGGAUGACCGAGAGAGAGAUCGGGAGAGGGAUAGGGACAAAGCAAAUCUUAUGAAGGAGGAUGUGGAUGCUAAUGUUGCCUCUAAGAGACGGAAACUAAAGAGAGACCAUCUUCCAUCAGGGGAAGCUGGUGAGUAUUCUCCUGUGGCUCCACCACCUCCUGCUCUUGCUAUUGGUAUCUCGCAGUCGUACGAUGGACGAGAUAGGGGAGACCGAAAGGGAGUCAUGGUGCAGCGGGGUGUUUACUUGGAAGAACAAAAUAUGAGGGUUCAUGGAAAAGAAGUAGCGACCAAGAUGACUCGUCGUGAUUCAGAUCCAAUUUACGACCGAGAGUGGGAAGAUGAGAAGCGGCAAAGACCUGAGCCGAAGAGGAGACACCGGAAGUAGUUUUCUUCGAGGGAAAAAAGUUGCCUUCGUGCACAUUAACCCUCCUGUUCAUUUUCUUCCUCGUGAUGUUAACUUUUAUGUACAAUUUUGUUGUUUUUCGCUAGGUUCUUGGCUAAAUACCUUAAGAAAUUAGUUAUGCUUCAAAUGGGGCAUGCCCAUCAUCCUUGAACAUUCUGUCUCAGUAGCAGAUUUUCUGUAGUCCUGGAUUUUACUCUUAAAUUUAUUUGGAACAAGCCUAUCAAUGAGAAGAUGAAACUGAUUUGUACGCUGUACAAACACUGUAAAUUCAA